CAGACGUCAAACACCUUACCUUUCCGUCACCUGAAGUUCUCUUCCAAAAUACGACAAACAAGAGGCACCACGUUUUCGUGUUUGCUUCAUACAUUUGUUCGUAUUUAGCGGUGCAAAGCGCUUACUUUCGAGCGUAAAUUACUCUCAAACGCUAGUAAUCUCCAUUGCCUUACCGUUUCCGAGUGAAUAAAGUACACCGCACAGCCACCAACAUGACGGCCCGCUGCAAGAAACGCCGCAACCAGAACAACGCCAUUCGCCGUGCCAAAAACAAGGUGAAGGAGGUAAAGAAACUGAAGAAAAUGCUCGGCUUCAUCGAGGAGGACGUCGGCGAGGGCAAUCUGAUGGACAAGCUGAAGGAUAUUACCGAGCAGAAGAAAAAGGAAGAGGAGCUAGAGCUGUUGAAGAAAGAAACGCUCGCGGAAAUCGUUCAGAAGGAGCAGAAAGCGACGGCCAAGCGGGAAAAGUUCAUCACGGUGGUCAACCCGAAGACGAACGUAAAGCACCUGUACAACGUGAAAACGAAGCGCGACCAGUUCGGCCAGUAUCCGGCCUGGUACAACCCGCGCAAGGAGCGCAAGAAGCAGAUGGUGCGCGAGGGCAAGGACGCCCGACGAAAGGAGUUCCGCGGCAAACGGAUGCACUUUAUCGAUCGUACGAACAACUGGAAGGCACUGCUGGCGCAAUAAAACCACACACACGCACCGUAAUUUUGUUAAAGUAA